AUGCGCAGCAAACGCGUUGGCAAACCCGUUGUCUUCUUGGGCGACCCCUGUGGUAUAUGUGAGACCUCGAGAUCCUUCAGUCGACCGUUUUCAAAGCCCCAGACAGUUCUCAAGGUCCUCGACCAGCCUCGCGACUCAGCGGAGCUUAAUGUUGUGCUUCUUCUCAGGUGGCAAACCUUCAACGUCCUGCCCCUCUCCUUGAUCCGGACAACGUCUGCACCCCGUUGCCACCGCGUCGAUAAGGACCUCCGUGAUGACCAGCCUUUCCUCUACAGUACUAAGAGCAACAUCGAUCCUGGGCUCGGCCAUCCUGGCCUUGCAGUACUCUCUCAAAUCGGAGAAAUGCUCACUGCCCGUGUCCACGUUAUCAUUAAAGCUCGCCCGGUCCGAGGCACCCAGGGCAGCGACAGCGGAAGCAGAAGCAGAAGCAGGGACAUGAAAAGAAACAAGAGGACCAGCGAAACCGGGAGCUGGACCGAGAGCAGGACCGAGAGCAUGAGGACGACGACGACGAUGAAGACAUCCUAUACCGGUGCUAUUGCUGUUCUCAAUUACAUUGCCCAAUACACUACCCAAGCAGAACGGCCGUUGACAUCCUUCGUCUCAAAGACCAUGAACCGCCUCCAGGAAGUGCGUCAUCUCCUCCUUGAUCUACAUCUCUCGAUUAGCAGUCAUUCUAUCCAGCUCCUGGACUGUCGUCCUGAAGCCGGCAGGCUACUACCGAUAGAUUCAAAGACCGAUGGAGAGUCUCUCAAACGCGGUCAGUCUCCCUUGAAGAAGUACAAGAUCAAAUACAACUACGCAGGCCUAUAA